GCGUUCCGUUUUUCCCAACGGAUUUCACGAAGGUCUUUCUAAAUGAAAACGCUGUCUGUCGGAGCUCAGCAUCAACGCCUUCCUACAGCUCAGCCAUGAGCCAGAUUCUGGAGCCUGUAGGCGUUUUAGAAACAGCUCAAAACUUGAUCAGCAACGGGCUAGCGUCGUCCGCCGAACUUUUGCUCAACAGCUUCCUCUCGCUUUCCCCAUCGAAAACGCAUAACGAUGAAGGGCACCUGGUGCAGGCGCAGGCUUCAGUUUUGCUGGCUGACUCGCUCGUGGAGGGCGGCGAAUAUCCAAGAGCGUUGAAACUAUACGAGACAGGUUACCGAGCGCUGUGCAACAGUAGAAACUUCUCAGACGCCCAUAGACAGUUUGUGUACGGAGUGAAAGAAAAGCAAGCAUAUUGCCAUGCGCGCACUGGCCAGCUUUUGGACGCGAUAGAUGAGAUGGAAAAGGUACCGGUGGCCUAUCUGACCGUUAAAGCCUGCAAGACUCUCGCGUCGUGGUAUGAGGAGACUCUUCGCUUCGAUCAGGCAAGACAAACAUAUUUAAAUCUAUUGCGCAAAGAACCGCUGGCUCUCGAGGCAAUGAUGGGAGCAUUACGACAUGGCCACAUGCUAGAAGACUUGGCCCAAUGCUUGCCUCCAUCGCCAUGUGGGGACUGGUUGAAUCGAUACAUGUUGUGCUAUGUGGCGAUACGGAGCCAUCAAUACGAAGAGGCAUUGCUCGAACUUGGGCGGUUGCAAAAUGAAGCGCCAAUGAAUGUUGAUGUCAUGCUGGCCAUGGCAGACUGCUUAUUCAAGAGUGGGGAGACAAUGAAGGCACACUAUCAAUAUAAACAAAUAAUGAAACGUGACCAUGACGUGGUCAAGCAGAUGGAUAGAUACGCACUGAUUCUGAAGCAGAGAGGCGAUCGAGAGCAGUUGAAAAAGCAUGCAAGGACAAUGUCGCGGAAGAAUCCUACGAGACCAGAGUCAUGGCUGGCCAUGGCAUGCUGCAGCGAAAUGCAGGGCGAUAUGGACACGGCUCUCAGCUUCGUCGAUAGGGCACUGGAAUGUAAUCGGACGUACGCGGAAGCGUGGUUGAUGAAAGCAUCACUGUUGACCGCUGCUGGAAAGUUUGAUGAGGCACUACCAGCCUAUAAGCGCGCGCAAGCUUACGAUGAAACGAUAACGAGCUUUGAAGGACAAGUGGAAUGCCAUUUACAACAAGCUUCACCAAUCGAAGCCCACUUAGCAGCGCGAGACGCCGCCGUCCGUAUGCCACGGCAUCCCAAAGCACGAAUACUAGUUGGAGGUGUACUGAAAGCCAAAGGCGAUCCGGAGAGCAAAAAGCGAGCAAAGAAAAUGUUUGAAGAAGCGUAUAGACUCAAUCCGCUAUGCACCGAGGCGGUGUUGGCGCUGGUGACCACUUUGGAGGAAGAGGAGAAUUGGGAGCGGGCGAUUGAGAUGCUCAAAGAACACUCUGGGCAUAUACAAAUGGCAACGCUGCACCAUCGCUUAGCUGAAAUCUAUGUCACACGAAAGAACUUCGAUGAAGCAAUGGACCAGUAUAACAUAGCUCUGAGAAUCGACCCACAAUUCGAGCCAGCGCUGCGAGGCAACAAACGCCUCCACCGCAUACUCGCAUCAGGCGGACAUACAGAUCUCGGCGCGACAGACGAGGAAGACAUCGAUGAACAGGUCGAUGAAUUAUCCAAUGGAGACGAUUAAAAGACAGGAGAAUGAGAAAAAGCUUCUGCAAUUUUAUUGGGAACGGAAAAGAGGGAAUAACUAUCGCUGAUGCAUGGGUAAAGAGGGGAACGCUGAGAACGGGGGUGGCUGUUUUGUGACAACCUAUAUAUAUAUAUCCC